AUGUCCUCAAUUAGCUAGCAGAAAAAUAGAAGUAGCUCUUCGCAUGAAGCUUCUAACAAUUUCAGAGGUAGCACAAAAUUAGUUAGUUAACUAGAAAUUAUUACUAGUAAGAAUCAGAGUACUAAAAAUGGAUCUUCUUCAUUUAAUGCAGGAGGAAAUUUACAACAAUACUUAGAAUAAAAAAAUGUUUAAAACAUUGUGAAUAAUAAUAAUUCAUUUACUCCUUCUUUGCCUUACAUAUAUAAUGGAAAUUCCUAAGUUUCUAAUAACCUUGAAUUAAAUUAGCUUUCAAACACAUAGCAAACUUUGGGAAACGAAACUAAUUAAAAUAACGCUAUAACUUCUUAUAAUUAUUUAAAUGGCAGCAUGAAUAAAUAUUAAAAUUCUAAUUCUUCUUCAGGAUAGUAUUAUCAUUAAAAAAAUAAAUCAGAUCUUGCUUAGAAAUUUAUAUAAAACCAAAAGAAAUUUGAAAAUGAGCAACUGCUAAAUAAUUCACAAGAAAACUUAUUUGUGGAGAAAAAAAUAAAACUACUAGAGAGUAAUGCAAGAUAUUUUGAAUCACAAGCUCAUCCAUUGUUUGUUGAAAACUCACAGUUAAAAGAUUAGCUUAUAGAAGUAAACGAACUUAUUAGAGAAAGAACAAAAGAUUAUUCUGGCUUAGUGAGAGAUUUUAAUGAUAAAGGAGAAAGUAGAGAAAUUGUUAAAAAAAUUGGAGAUCUCGAAGCUAUUUAUUUCUGCAUAAAAGAAGAUUUAGGGUGUCUUGAUACCACUGUAAAGACUUUGAAAGAAGAUAAAAGGAGUUUAGAAUAAAAAGUAAAAGAUUUGGAAAACACUUUAUCUGAAGUUAAAAGGAUGCAUGCUAUUGAAAUAGAGAAAAUAAAUUUAGAGCACUAAGCAGUUGUAAAUGGGUUAUCUGACACUAUAAAAAAUUAGUAAAAUGUGAUAACAAGAUUAUAGCAUGAUUUAGAAAACGAGAAGAUUUUGAAAGAAAAGCUAAUAGAAUAAAAAAACAAUGAAAUAAAAUUAUUAAAUUCUCAAUUAGUUGAAUGGUAAGAAAAAUACAAAAAAAUGGAUAACGAAUACAAAAAGUAAAUAGAAGGCUUGGAACAAAUUAUUGUAAAUAUAAAAGAAAAACAUUCUAAAGAAAAAAAAGAUUUAAUUGAAAAGUAUGAAAUGCAAAUUUAAAAUUUGAAAGAUUCUUAUGAAAAUAAAAUUGCUCUUUUAAUUGCAGAUUAUGAAACUAGAAUUAAAUUGCUUUAAGAAGAACUAAGAUAGAAAAAUAUUUUAAUUCAAGAUUUAAAGGAGCAACUAGAAAAUCUUAGAAAGACUUCUAGUAGUGAAAUAGAAUAUUUAAACGCUAGACUUAGUUAGGCUUUGAGAGAAAUUGACAAUUUAAAAUCUAAAAUAGAUAAUCUUUCUGCUGAAAUGGUUGCAUUAAAGAAAUACCAACAAGAACUAGAAAAAGAAAGGGAUAGACUCGUUGAUGAAAAUAAUAUUUUAAGAGAUACGGUCAAAAAAUAAAAUGAAGAUUACAUAAAGUUAAAAGAGGAAAAGUAAUUAGAAAUUUCAAAGCUAAGCAAAAGGAUAUCAGAAUUAGAGCAGCAACUUAGAGACAGAGAAGAUUAUUGGUAGAAAAAAUUGGAUGAUGAGAUAUUUGCAAGGGAAUAAGAACUCCGUAAUAGAGUUAAUGAGCUAACAGACCAUUAUGAAAAUUUAUUAAGAAAUUUAAGAAAGGAAUUAGAAGAUGCACUUAAAUCAUUGAGUUCAGAAAAGAAUCAAAUAAUAGAAGAAUUAAGAUAAAGGGUUAAAUAAUUAGAAGAGGAAAAUGCUAUUCUUAAAUCAAAAUUGGAUGGGGAUAACAAAGAGUGGUCAACCAGAUAUAAAGAUCUUGAGGAUAUGAUGAACAGAAAAAUAUCUGAAUUGACGAAGUAUUAUGAAGAUCUUUUAAAAGCAGCUGAAAGGAGAAGAAUUAAUGAUUUAGAUGAAUUGGAAAGACUUAGAGUUAAAUAACUCAAAGACUUGGAAGAUAAGCUAAAUUCAGAAAUGUAAAGAAUAAUUGAAGAAAAAGAUAGACUUUUUAAAGAAAUGAAUGACAAAUUUUAACAUCACAUUCAGCAGCUUGAAUAAAAUUGGUAAUCAAAAUACAAAGAAAUGGAAUAAUUAAAGAAUAAGAAAAUUUAGGAGCUGGAAGAUCAACACAGAAAAACUAUAGAUUCUAUGAAAAAAGAACAUCAAAGGUAAUUAGAUGAAUUAAGAAACUAUUACGAAGAGCAAAUCCGAAAAUUAAAGGCUUAAUUAGAAAAUAAUGCCAGAGGAGUGAUUGAUGAUUUAAAGUAGAAACAUUAAUAGGAGCUUGAUAGAUUGAAGAACAUGUAUGAAGAUUAGAUUAAAAAAUUGAACUAAGAAUGGGAAAUUAAAUUACAAAAAACAAUAGACGAGUAUGAAAGAAAGAUUAAAAAUCUAAUGAACUAAAUGGAAUAGGAAAGAUUAAAAUACCAACAGCUAUUAUAAUAAAUGGAACAAAAAUAUCAAUAGCUACUUUAGCAAAUGGAAGAUAUGAAGUAAAAAUAUGAAAUGGAAAUUUCCUCUCUUAAAUAAGAUAUUUAGAAUCUUAAAAACGAAAUUAUUAACCUCAAAUAAAAAAUAUCUGACUUAGAAGCUAGAAUUAGAGAAUUAGAAGAGAAAUACAGAAAACUCAAAUAGGAAUAUUAGGAGUUUUAGAGAAUGCAUCAAAGAGAAAUAGAGAAGCUGGAAUAAGAAAAAUAAUAAAUUAUUAAAAAUUAUGAAGAUAGAGAAAAAAGAUUAAAAGAAAAGUUGGAUAGUUUGCUCAACGAUUAACUUAGAGAGCAUCUUGAGUUUGUAGAAAAAAUGAAGAAGGACUUUGAAGAGCUAAUUAAAGCUCACAAAAUUAAAUCAGAAGAGUUGAGAGGAGAAUAUAGAGAGCUUGAAAGAUUGUUCAAUGAACGUCCAAGUAGACCAGACGAUAUUCGUUAAAUCAAGCUACUUUUAAAAGAAAUAGAAAACUAUAAAAAGUGUCUCUCUGAGGCUGAAAUUAAAGUUUUACAUGCAAACGAAAUUGUUAAAUACUUGUAACUGGAGCUAGAAAAUUACAAAAAUGUAUAUGAUAUAUUUGGUCCAGGAAAGGGAGGUACUUUUGAAGGAAAUUCAGCCAUUUAAGAUUCUCCUCUGAUCAGAAAUAUGAAUAUUUAAUAAUAUCAAAACCUCGUCAAGAAUAAAUAGUAACCUAAACCUAUUCAGUACAAAAAUGAAAUAAAUCUUAAUUUAGAAUCCCCAGAGAGAAGGGCUAAGCAUAAUAGCUAAGGAGAAAUCUAAAUUGAAAAUGAUAAUAAUAAUAAUUUAAAUAGGAGCCAAGUGACUAACAAGUAUGCAAAAUAUUCUUUGCACCGUGCUUAAACUAUGUUUUAGAAUCCCUUAGAAAAUGAUGAUAUUAUGAAAAAUGCUGAGAGAUUUAUUGAAUAAUUAUAGGAUGGCUAAAAUAAUGAUAAAAAAAGCAUUCAAACUAAAACUCCUUCUCCAUAAAAGAAAGGAGGAGUGGAGAGUAACUCAUCUCUAGUAUUUAGCAAUACUUUAAAGAGAAGAAUAAGCUAAUAGCCAAGACAGUCUUCUUAACAAAGUUUAUCUCGACUAAAUGAAUCUUUUUUGAGUGAAGGAGAAGAAAAUGGAGUUUCAUCAAAUAAUAACUUACAAAGCAAUCUCGAAAGUAAAUAAGCUACUUAAACACUAUCUAAUAUAAUUUUGGAUUAAAGUUAAAAGCAUAUUAUGUAACAUAAAAGAUAUUCUAGAAAUAGAAUUUAAUAAAGCUAAAUUUUAGAUGCAACAAUAAAUGGAAAAUUAGGAAAGGGAUUGAGUUAAGAAAACAUUGUCGUUGAUCUAUAAAAUUUAAAUAAAUCUUAAUUAUGA